AUGGCCACCUUCAACCGGGAACGCGUCGAACACGCGUUAAACGAACUGCUGGUCCGAAUAGUCCCAGAGGAUCCCAAUGAGGACGACGAAACGGCAAACGAGCGAUUCGAGGGCGCCUUCAACUUCGCCAUCGAUGAACUGAGCAACGCCGGGCCGCUUCCAGUUGUCGCGGAUAUCAACCACGUCGCUGGACUGAUAGACAGGAGGAUAUCUUCGGACGUCGACGGCCCGCAGCAGAGCGCCCGCUUCCACAACCUCCUCUCCCGGCUGAUAUCGCAGCCGGUGCUGGAACAGAAAUGGCGGAUGCUCUACUUCCUGCUUGAACUCUCCGACAUCCCGCCUCCCAGUGCAUCGUCAGGUCACCGCCAUCGCCACGAUCGGUCCCGCGAGCCCAUCACGCCGUCGAGACACCACCCUUCUAAUGCGCAGGCACUCGGCAGUCCAGCCUUCACAGAUGCAUUCGCGAGACCAGGCUUGCCGCAAAUACCGGUCAACGACGGGUCGCCCAGAGCAUCCCCGCGACCGGCUGCACCAGUCGAAAGAACAGAGCGACGGCGGGAUAGGCGCGCUCAGGAAACAAGCAAGGAGCAAGCCACGGACGGAGAGCAGCCCAGGGCCGCCAAGGGCCCAUCUGAACCUUCUCUCCUUCGGGAUCUGCCAUUUACACUACAGGGACUCUCCUCAACCAAUCUUGUAUUUACUUCGUCCACUGCGCUGAAGCUACCACCGACGCUGCCGGUUCCUCUCAUAAGCCUUUUACAUACCAUCGCCGAGCCAUCACUCCUCUACCGCGGCCUAUCCGAAUUUGUAGAAUCCACGGAUGGCGGCCUGGUCGGACAAAGCUUCCGGUCCGCAUUGGGCAAGGAAUUGAGGUCCUACCUCGGACUGGUCGCAACAUUGGAAGGCCAGAUCAGACGGGCAUUAGCUCAGCUGGAUGAGAGCCAACCGCAUCAUGGCAUCGGGAAAGCCGGCGUCACACUCAAGCGUUGCGUGAUCUGGACACGGGAAGCGACCCAGGGGCUGCGGCUAAUGAGCAUAAUGGUGGAGGAAUCGAAGAGGAAGAAGGGUGGCGAGCUGAUAUCCUUGAUUCACUCGUUCUCCCUCUCACAUGGCGAUCCCUAUGUGGAAACAUUCGCCGAGCGUCUUCUCUCCCACGUCACGCGACCCUUCUACGACAUGCUACGGCAAUGGAUAUACGACGGUGAGCUCGCAGACCCUUUCGGCGAGUUCUUCGUGUCAGAGCAGAGCGAAGAAGACAUUAGCGAUUCUGGCAAGGAGGGAAAAGGAGGGGCCACGAGUGUGUGGGAAGACAAGUACAAGCUCAACGAGAGGAUGAUACCGACGAUAAUAACUGAGGAGUUUGCCAAGAAGGUGUUCUUGAUUGGCAAGACGCUGAACUUCAUCCGUUAUGGAUGUGGCGAGGCGGCAUGGGUUGAUACAUACUCCAAGGAGGCAUCGAAAGAACUGCAGUAUGGCGACACGGCAAAUCUCGAGCAAUCCAUCGGCGACGCCUACAAGACGACCAUGGCCCGGCUAAUCGACCUGAUGGCCAACAAAUUCAAGCUAUUCGAGCACUUGCAGGCUUUGAAGAAGUACCUACUGCUUGGGGCGGGUGACUUCAUUGCCGUGCUCAUGGAAUCUCUCUCAUCAAAUCUUGACCGUCCGGCAAACACGCAAUAUCGGCACACGCUCACUGCUCAGCUCGAACACGCCGUGAGGAAUUCAAACGCGCAAUUCGACUCGCCGGAUGUAUUGCGACGCCUCGACUCCCGCAUGCUUGAACUGUCACAUGGAGAAAUCGGAUGGGACGUCUUCACGCUCGAAUAUAAGAUAGACGCGCCUGUCGACGUCAUUGUCACGCCCCUCGGCUCGAAGCAAUACCUCAAAGUUUUCAACUUCCUCUGGCGUGUCAAGCGCGUCGAAUUCGCUCUGGGCUCCACGUGGCGGCGAUGCAUGACGGGCGCUCGUGGCGUCCUGGCCACUGUCUCGGACAAGGUUGGUGCGGACUGGAAGAAGGUCCGAUGUGGGAUCGCAGAGAUGAUCCACUUCGUCAACCAGCUCCAGUACUACAUCCUCUUCGAAGUCAUCGAAUCGUCGUGGAACCAACUUCAGGAAGCACUGCAUAAACCUGAAAGCACGCUGGACGACAUGAUCGACGCGCAUGCUAAGUACCUCAACAGUAUCACUAGGAAGGGUCUGCUUGGGAGUCAAAGCAGCGACUUCACGGGACAGUUGCACGAGCUGCUGAAGACAAUGCUUGCAUACAAGGACGCCGUCGACGGUCUAUAUUCCUUCUCUGUCGCCGAGUUCACCCGUCGACAGGAACACGCGGCAAAAAUUGAGACGCGGACAGCAGCCGGCCGCUGGGGCCUCACAGAAAAGGACAGUCUCUCCGUCGACUCUCCCGACCCUUUUGCAUCCGGCCGCACAUCCCGCGCAGAUGCAGACUCGCCCUUCCCGCCAGCUCUUCUGAAGAUUGGCGACGCUGGCACGGGUGAAGACGACGUCCUUCCUGCGCUCCGCAAGCGCCUUGCACACCUCAUCAAAGAUUUCCAGAGUAGGAUCACAAUACUGCUCGGUGAUCUGAUUCACCAACCGGAUCAUGAUAUGAGGUGGCUGGCUAUGGUGAUGAACUUCAACGACGUCUAUCAGCCUAAGCGGCGGAGGAAGACGGAGAAGAAACGGGAGAGGGAGAAGGAGACACCGCAACCAGCGACAGCGGCCAAGGCUGUCAAUGGGGAGAAGGCUGGGGCCGCCGUUUGA